AUGUUCAAGGCUCGCCCACAGUCACCCUCGCCCUCCUUCUCAACGACAAAGUCCUCCGCUGCGUCCUCCUACUUUCCCUUCCUCGGCGACUCGGACAGCGACAAGGAUAGCAACUACAGUGCUGUCCCGCCACUCGACUCGCCGCCCCCCAAGAAGGGCCAGUACUGCUACUAUACCAAGAAGAAGGAUGAAGUGGACAAGGCGCACGAAGACGAGGGGAUCCGGAUGAUCAUGUUGAUCCUGCAUCAAUGGUUGACCCAUCCGCCCGUCCGCCCCACCCACGAGCACCACCGCUCCUUCUCUUUCGACAUCGAGCCGGAACAGAUCUACGUCAACUCCGUCCUCACCGCCCUCCCCCUCACAACGUACACUCCGCACGUCGGCUCCCCGCCGAUGCGUGAGAGUCUCACUUCGACCAAGGCAUGGCGCGACCUCGCCGAGUUGGCCUACGCCGAGUUGGCGGAGUCCAAGCCGUCGCUCAUCAACGGACCGGUCAAGGACAUUGCCAGGCACAUUCUCACCGCAAUUCACGGCAAGGCGGCGCCGAGGUUUGCGGAUGAUUUGUGGAUGGCUAGGGGCGGGCGGUACAUCGAUUCCAGGUUGAUGUACUCAGAGGUGGGGGCGCCAAAGUCGAAUAGGAAGUUUAACGUGGUAGUCUCUGGCGGCGGGCCCGUGGGUCUCACAACGGCCAUGCUUCUCGCCCACUGCACCGCCGCUUCUACUACCUCGGCUGCCCUCCCAACUGUCCGUAUCAAGCUUUACGACCAGCGCUGGAUCAUCCCGGAACCCAAAAACCGCCGCUCCCUCCGCUGGCGAGACGAGACCGACUUCAGAGUCAACACGCGCCGAAGGCAGGUCAUCACUCUCCAAGACUAUGUCGUCGGUCUGCUGGACGAGGGUUUCAAGUCGGCGGUCGGGAUGGGAUGGUCAGAUGUUGUCUGGCCAGCGGACAAGGUCGAGAUCGGGAUAGACACCAGGAAGGGAGCGGAACGGGUGUAUGUGAACAGUAGGCAGGCGCCGAUCAGGGAUGUGGAGGAUAGGCUGUUGAGGGAGAUCAGGGACAAUCCUUUGCUCUCCAGCAUGAUUGAGCUGGUUCCCGAGAGGAUGAAUGACGAGAUCUUUGCCAGCCUCCGCGGGACUACCGACCUUUUUAUUGGUGCAGACGGCGCCAGCGGCAAGGCAUUCACGGUGAACUACAAGGACAAUGGAAAGAUGGUGUUCGAGCGGGAGAUCCUGGAGGCGGAGCAGACGGAUCGAGCUCUAGGGAUACCCAUUCAAGCCAUCCCGACAGCCACUCAAGCUGAAGUCGUCUUCCUCACGCUCAGUCAGACCAUCUAUCUCCUCAACUCGACCUCGAAUGGGCUCGGCUUCCUCAAUAUCCGUCUCUCGACCGAUCUCUACGACGCCCUCGCAGCCGUUCCGCCCUCUGAGCGCACUUUCGGCUCGCUGCUCGAGGCGACAGACCCGCUUCUCCUCCGCGUCGUUGCGCUCAUCGAUGCAGGGUUUAGGCUGUAUGGGAUGGACAUCAGCACGGUACUCGACCAGCGCAUCGAUGUCUUCAGACUUUCCUUGGCAUCCGCGCCUAAGACGGUCAACUGGCCUGGCAGAGGCGCUAAUUCGGGUCUGCUCAGUGCCUGGGCGCUGGCAGCGAACGUCCUGCGUUCCUUCGAGAUUCCCAACUUCCGGGGACUGGUUGAUGCACACAUGGCGCCGUUCGAGGGAUUCAUGCGGUCUUUGAAGGUGCGAGAGCAUGACGGGCGAGGGCGCUUCAUUCAGAUGAUCGACAUCGAGCGAAUCUACGAUCAAGCCUUCCCUGCCUCGGUCAUCCCCAUCCCCACCCUCGCAGCUACCAGAGACCGACUCAUCACCCGCGCCCUGCUCUGGCGAGACCGGCUCGGUACCCGACCCGAAUUCACCCGCAUCCACCCCUCACCUAUCUCGGACGAGGUCCUCAUUGCUGCCAUCACCAGAGUGUGCGGAACCGCCAUGAACUACGUCACUCACAAGUCACCUAUGGCAGUGAUGGAUGCAGCGAUCUUGACGCUCUUGGACGGAAGUCAGCAGUGGCCGACGAGCGACAUGAACCCCCUAGGCUAUGAUCUCAGCCCAAAGGGAUUCAUCCAGCCCAGCUACGAAGAGGUCUCGCUCAGCAUAGGCAAUAACUCUCCCUCAUCCUCGUUACUCUCCCUUCCGACCGUAUCGGAUCGCAAGAGUCGCCGCCUCUCCUGGGGCAGCAGCACCAAGCCCCCCGUCGUCUCGCCACCCGAGCCGGAAUACGCCAUCGACACUCAUCCCGCCUGGCUGGCCAUCGCGCUACUUGGCGAGAAACCGGAUGUCAAGGCAUGGGGAGAGGUGAGCAAGACGGCGGAGAAGGCGUACAAGAAGGCUAUGCGUGCUGGAUAUGAGACCAAGUUCCAGAAACUCCACGACAAGGCUUUGCAAUAA